UCUCAAAGAAAAAAGCUAUAAUGGCAUCAAAGCACCCCUUAUAAGUUUUGCACAUACCUUAUGCCUUAUGCCUUGUGCUUACUGAAUUUCUUUGAAUGAAUCUUCACUUCAAUAUAAUUUCCACUACAACCUUAUACAUCUAUAUAAUCUCCACUACAACCUUAUACAUCUGUCAAUUAAAGAUUCAUGAUAAUGGCAUCAAAUCAUCGCUUAAUUAUUAUUUUACCACCUCUUCAAGGCCACAUGACACCUAUGCUUCAAUUAGCCACUAUUCUUUAUUCCAAAGGCUUCUCCAUCACUGUACUACACACCAAAUUCAAUUCUCCUGACCCAACUAACCAUCCUGAUUUUAUUUUUGUACCCUUUCAUGACGGUUUAUCCGAUUCAUACACUGUUUCUUCCAAGAACUUUAUUCAUAUUUCUUCACACCUCAAUACCAAUUGUGUCACACCGCUUAAGAAGGUUUUGGUUAAGAUCAUCAAGGAAGAGAAGAUUUCAUGUGUUAUCUAUGAUGGUUUAAUGCACUUUAUUGAUUCUGUGGCUAGAGAACUCAACCUUCCUACCAUACUCUUCAGAACCACAUGUGCUACUAAUUAUCUCUCUUAUCAUUGGUUAUCUAUGCUACAAAGAAACGGAUAUCUUCCCUUACAAGAUUCUAACUAUAGGUGCAUGGAGAUGGUGGAAGGACUUGAACCUCUACGAUUCAAAGAUCUACCAAUUUUUAAUUUGGGAGAAUCUGCAACGGAUAUCAUGGUGAAACAAGCAACUGAAUCACUCUUAGUGAAACCAUCAUUAGGUGUCAUCUUUAAUACCAUUGAAUUCCUCGAAUCUUCAUCCCUCCAAAAACUCCGAAAACUCUACAAAGUUGGUGUGUUUCCCAUAGGACCCUUACAUAUGUGCAUGGCGUCAUCAGAAACACAAGAGAAGAAUAAUAAUUGUUCAACAAGCCUCAUGAAAGCAGACUAUAGCUGCAUAACAUGGCUGAACGAACAAGAGCCAUGUUCAGUUCUGUAUGUGAGUUUAGGAAGCAUAGCGAGUUGGGAAGAAAAGGAACUAAUUGAAGUGGCGUACGGCUUAAGAAACAGCGAACAAAGAUUUCUAUGGGUGAUAAGACCAGAAACGAUAGAGUCAAUUCCGGAAGAAGUGAAAAGUGCGACAAGAAAGAAGGGUAGAAUAGUAACAUGGGCACCGCAGAGAGAAGUUCUGGCACAUAGAGCAGUGGGAGGGUUCUGGAGCCACUGUGGAUGGAAUUCUACGCUGGAGAGCGUGUGCUUCGGAGUUCCGAUGAUGUGUCAGCCGUGCUUCGGAGACCAGAGGGUGAACGCAAGGUUGGUGAGUAAUGUGUGGAAGGUGGGAAUAGAAUGCUCGGAGAUGAGAAUAAGGAGGGAUGAGGUGGAAGGUGCGGUGAGGAGAAUGAUGGUGAGUGAGGAAGGAAAGUUGAUGAGGGAGAGAGCGGUGUUGAUGAAGAAUAAGAUUAAAAUAGGUGUUAGAGAUAAUGAUGUUUUAAAUGGAAUUGUUCAUGCUAUCGUCAUGUCUUCUUCUAAUUCUUCUGCACCACGUAAUAAUCAUAACUCGUCAUAGUCAUGGCCUCACUCUACAGUACACUAUCUCUUCUUUUCCACGGUGUAGCUCAUGAUAAUGUAUAACAUUGUUUUGCAUACUAGAAUGUUCUUUUGUUGGUUCUUUGGACACAGUCGUGUUUUUAACGUUUUAAAAAAGGAAAAGUAUAGGUGAAUAAUGAAAAUAUUAAACAAUGUAAAUAAUAGAUAUAUCGAAUGUUCAUUUUACUAGUAUACGAAUAGAUAUUUUAAUAUUAAAAUUUAGAAGAUUAAUUUAGAGAUAUAAUGUAUUUUUAUUUGAUUGGUGAUUAUUCAUAUUGUUCAAUAAAAUCAUUAUCCCCUAACAUUCUCCAUUAAAAAAACAUAUUUCUUGUACAAACUUUUGGGUCUAUAGCCACGGUUUUUUUUGUCACGGUAAAAAACCGUGACCAUAGACCCAAAGAAAAAAAACUAUGGUCAUGAUUUUUAUAAAAAGGGUGACCAUAAGGUACCUAUGGUCACGGUUUUCUAAAAAAUGGUGGCCUAAAAGGGUCUAUAGUCACGGUUUUGGGGAGUGACCUAAAGGGGUUUAUGGUCACGGUUUUUUACAGUGACAAAAAAGGGUCUAUGGUCACGGUUUUUACAAAAAGGGUGACCAUAGGGUACCUAUGGUCACGGUUUUGGGGGGUGACCUAAAGUGGUCUAUGGCCACGGUUUUAGGGGUGACCUAAAGGGGUCUAUGGCCACGGUUUUUUACGGUGACCAAAAAGGGGUCUAUGGUCACGAUUUUUCAAAAAAAGGUGACCUAAAAGGGUCUAUGGCCACGGUUUUGGGGGGUGACCUAAAGUGGUCUAUAGUCACGAUUUUGGUGGAUGGCCUAAAAGGGUCUAUGGUCACGGUUUUAGGAGUGACCUAAAGGGGUCUAUAGUCACGAUUUUUUACAGUGACCAAAAAAGGUCUAUAGUCACAGUUUUUCGAAAGGGUGACCUAAAAGGGUCUAUGGUCACGGUUUUAGAAGGUUACCAUAGAUACUCUAUGGUCACGGUUUUUAGGGGUGGCCUAAAGUGGUCUAUA